CCUCGCAUUUCCUCCCGAUUGCAUUUCGUCUCCUUGAAAUCGUUUCUGUUUUGAUGGUACUCAAAAGGAACUGUCGAGGGGAUUUAACAUGCUCUAGUGAAAUGUAUAAUUAACAUACUUCACUGAUGAAGAUAGUGUGUUGCUUAAUGAAUUAAGUCUUAUACUUCUGAAUUUUGGGUCUUAACAUCAAAAUGGUCACUGAGAAGGUAACAUAUCUCAAGGAUGUUGUCAUUCUUUGAGUUAGUUGUCGGGAAGUGUAAAAGUUGAAAGCUUGUAGAGUUGAAACUUGUGAGGUUUACUAAAGAUAGCUAAGACGGGGUCUCUGUGUUGUGUGGGUCAACCACACCCGGUAGAGACUGGUCGAUGGGCCCUCAAGAGCCUUGUUGGCGAACUAAUACUAGUUUCUCACCACCCCCUUCAAGAUGGGAUUUCCAUUUUCAACCCGACGGACUGUCGUAUGGUUCAUAUGAUGGUAGUCAAUUGUAUGAAUCUUCUACAUCUCCAAACAGCGAAGAAAGUAGGGGCUGGGGUCCACAGUGGACACCUCCAGUAAUACAAGAAAUCACUCUUGAUGAUUAUGAAACUGCGGUGAGAAGAGAUCAUGUUGGUGGGCGGUUACCCUUCACUGAUAUAGUUGAGGGAACUUCAACAAAUGCAGAUAGUGGUGUCUCCACUUCAUCUUAUUCAGACAGUAGUGAGUCUGAGCCCAUGGUGAAGCGGUGCUUAUCAUCUCAACAAAACGUUUCAAGUCGGUAUUACUUCAUGUCCAAACCUAUUCACCCCUUGUCCUUUCCCAUGGAGACUCCUACCACGGAAGCCGCAGACUCUGCAACUGCGGGGCUUUCAGAUGAUACAGCCAUGCCACAAAGAGAUGCCCAUCGCUGGAGCAGUGCUAGCAGCGGCAAUGAUAUUGCAGAUAUUUCUGAACCAUUUGAAUCUGUGAUGUUUGGCCGAUCGUGUAUCCCAUAUAGUGUUUUUAAAUGUAGUUUGUGUGAAAGAUAUCUCUCACAGUGAUCGCCUUGGAGUGCUCGUAGGAUUGUAAGAAGUAGUGACAUGCCUGUUGCACAUGUGGGCACACUUUCCAUGCAGAAUGUUUGGAGCAGAUAACACAAAAAGCUCGUAUAAGCGACCCUCCUUGUCCUGUAUGUUCCAAAUUUGAAGAGCAAAAUUUUCCAGAAAACUGAGUCUUCUCUAGGUUUAGGAAUAGUAUCUCAAGGGUUAGACAAUUUUCUGAGGAUGGACCACCAAGGUCUUGGAGAUGUGCACGGGCGGGAGAUUGUGUUCAAGGGGUUUUGCAGCCUCCCCCACGUAAUAGUACUAUGCUGUUGCUUAACCAAAGUCACAUGAAGAAGAAUCUCUUCAUGAAGGUCAACUCGGGUAGAGAAUUUCCCGGAUAGCUGAGAAAAAGUGGUUCGUUUUCUUUGCAACUUUUUAGUGGGAAGUCAAUCGAUCAAGGUGCGGUCGUGCGCUCGAAGACUAUUGCAGGUCCAAGCAUGAAGGGUUGAAACGUGGCAUAUCUAUCAAGGUUCUUUGAUCGAGUAAAUAUUGGGACUGGAAACUAGGUGGUGUUGUAUAGAUAUUAUUUUGUGGAAACAAAGGUUGAAAUCUAUUAAUAUCGUUUGUAUCAUACUAUUUAUUUUUAUGAUGGUGGA